AUGAGGAAAGUGAGAGCAUAAAUGUAAAGACACACAAUCAUUUGAUCAUAACAAAAUAACAAUCAAAGAAGUUUUUUUUUUUUUAAAAUGCAAUCUGAUGAAGAAGAGCCGCCGGUAUGUCGUCUGUCUCAUCCGGCUCAUCCUCACACGCUCUCCCGUCGAACCGGCAAAAACCCUCCGUCUGGUUGCUUUGCAUGCGGCGAAGAAAAGAUUGCCGCGACAUUCUACUAUUUAUGUACCACAUGUGAUGUAGAGUUCCAUAAUCAUUGUCACAGGUGGCCGAGGAAGAUGAUACAUCCUUUUCACCCACAACAUCCUCUCAUUUUCAGUGUUUUAAACCACGAAACCGGGAUCAUAUAUGACUGCAACCUAGAUAACUUCAUGGAGGUAUUCACCGCCGAUUCCGGAAUACCUGAUCAAGUAUGGGAUGGGAGUGAACUCGAAUGGGAACCCGAAGAAUUUGUUGAAACUGAAGAAGAUGUUGCCCCAUUCAAGAAAGUUGGUGAUGAUUUGAUAAAACAUUCUUGUCAUGAACACCAUCUUAGGCUUGACAAGUAUAAUGGUGUUCGAGAUGCGGAGAAGCAAUGUCAAGCGUGCACACUUCAUAUUGACUCUCGCGAUUUCUACAACUGCGUGCAGUGUGACUACUUUCUCCAUGAAGUAUGUGCCAAUCUUCCUCGGAAACUUGAUCAUGCAUUGCAUAAUCACCCUCUUGUCCUAGAUCCGUCUCCUCACCAAGAACACCUCCAUAGAUUCACAAAAUGCUUGGUUUGUUCUCGACGUUUCACGGGUUUUACGUACAAGUGCUGCAAAGAUGGUUGUGAGGAUGAGAGUGACAAGGAGUUUCGAGUAGAUGUUCGGUGCAUCUUAGUUCCUGAUUAUUUCACUCACAAGAGCCAUGAACAUCCCUUGUUCAUCCCCAUUUCUACUGGUGAAGCAAUGAUUUUUUGUGAGGGUUGCAAAGGCAGGUCUGCCUGUUACCAUCUACAAUGUACUUCAUGUGACUUUGCAAUCUGUUAUGAAUGUGCUACCAUUCCAGAUAAGUUACACAACAAAUAUGAUGUACAUCAACCUCUCUCCCUCUGCUACGGAGAGGUCUCGGAUGAAACAUAUUGGUGCGAAGUAUGUGAGGAAAAUUUAGAUCAAAGAAAGUGGUUCUACACGAGCAACAAACCUUGCAUCACUAUCCACAGGAGUUGUGUAUUUGGGCCUUCCGCUUAUGUGAAGCCAGGCUACACGUUCCAGUCUUUUUUUUUUAGUGCGGAAGUUGUUUCCAACACUAGUAACACUCGACCAACUUGUUGUCAUUGUGGCUGCCGCUGCUCAAGCUCUGUAUACUUCGAGGUGUCUACUGAGACGCAUAUAUGUUCUUUGAGUUGUCUCUUGGGAGAAAGCUAAGUUGUGAGAAGUGUUAUGAACUUCUCUUGUGCAGUAUUAUGUGUGUGUGUGUGUGUGUUUUCCUACUAGAGAA